AUGGUUCAGAUUGCAAACUGCACCACGACGUCAGCAGCAUGGACUGCAAUCACAGAGAUAUUCAUCUCCCAGACACAGGCGGCCAUCGUUAACACGAGGAUCGCCCUCUCCACCACCAAGAAGGGGACUUCCACCAUCGCUGAGUACCUUGGCUGCAUGAAGGCCCUUGGCGAUGAGAUGGCUGCCAUCGGCAAGCCGCUCACCAACGAUGACAUGGUGUCGUACAUCCUCGUCGGACUCGACUUAGACUACAUGUCCUUCGUCUCCUCCGUCUGCGCUAGGACCGUCCCCAUCAAGCCCAACGAGCUCUACUCCCAGCUGAUCAGCUUCGAGAGCCGCCUCGCCAUGUUCGAGGGAAACUCAUUGUCAUCCCACUCCUCCGCCAACGCCGCCUCUCGCAACGGCCGUGGUGGCUUCACUCGUGGAGGCCGCGGCAGGAACGGAGGUGGCCGUGGCCAUGCUGGUGGCUGCAGCAAUGGACGCAACAGUGGCCGUGGCCAUGCAGGAGGCGGUGGCCGCGACGAUCUCCCGGAGGUCUUCUGUCAGAUCUGCAAGAAGUCAAAUCACAUGGCUAUCGAGUGCUACCGGCGCUUUGACAUCGCAUUCACCAAGGAGAAGAGUGCAAGCGCUGUGUCCAACUGA